AGGGGCCGCUGUGGCCGGGGCGCCGCGGGGAGGCCCCGCCUCGGCCCAAAGCUUCCGUCGCCGGCACCGCACGCGCCGCGGCCGCCGCCAUGAAGCCGAGAAAAAACACAAAGCGAGUUCCAAGCUUUCGCAAGUUACUGAGAACUAGUAAACUAAAACUUGACAACAAGUUAAAGAAUAAGCAGUACAAGCAGCAGAGUGCUGCUAAGAAGUAUCGAAAAGAACAAAAGAAGCUUAGGCAAGCUGUCAGAGAUGCUGUCUGUAGAAAACCUUUUCCAUUGGAGGAAUACAAGAAAAAACAUGUUGCUGAAAAAAGGGAAGAAGAAGAGGAAGAUGAUGCGCUUCCAUUGGACAUGAUGGAUGAAGAUGACUUGAAAUUAAUGGAAGAUUUGGCUCAAAAAGCAUCAUUUUUAACCAGAGAUAUUUCUUCUACUGAACCUGUUCACAUCAAGAAACGAAAACAUGAAAGUGUGAUUGAAAAAUACGAGAAGAUGCCAAGACGCAUGAAGACAGAACCAGAAAAAGAACUUAUCCAUCUUCUCCCCAUCAAAGACAAAGGUGGCAUUAUUCCCCAAACCAUGGAAAAGCCAGUUCUCAAUGUUGAAGAAGAUGAAGAAGAUGCAGAAGAAAUGGAGGUAGCAGAGGACUUCAGUGAAGAACCCCUGCCUGUUCUCACUCCCGAGGAAAUGGCUGCUGAAAGGAAAAGAAAGCUGCAGGAAAGGAAGAUGCACAUUGCUGCCUUAGCAUCUGCCAUUCUCUCUGACCCAGAAAACAACAUUAAAAAGGUGAAGGAAUUGCGCGCCAUGCUGAUGGAACAGGAUCCUAACGUGGCUGUGAUUGUUCGGAAGUUGGUCAUGGUUUCUCUGAUGGAGCUAUUCAAAGAUAUUGUGCCUUCUUACAAAAUUCGGCCUCUGACUGAAGCAGAAAAGGCUACUAAGGUUAAAAAAGAAACUCAGAAACUGAGAGAAUUUGAAGAAGGCCUUGUAAGCCAGUAUAAAUUUUACUUGGAAAAUCUGGAACAAACUAUUAAAGAUUGGAAACAAAGGAAGUUGAAGAAAAGCAACGUCAUCUCAUUAAAAGCAUAUAAAGGUUUAGCAGAGAUUGCAGUGAAGUGUCUAUGUGAGCUGCUCGUGGCCUUACCCCACUUCAACUUCCACAAUAACAUCAUUGUUCUCAUUGUACCACUGAUGAAUGAUACAUCAAAAACAAUUUCUGAAUUGUGCUGUGAGGCAGUUCAGAAGCUCUUUAAACAAGACAAGUUGGGCUUUGCUUCACUCGGUGUGGUUAAGGUCAUUUCUGGCCUUGUGAAGGGUAGAAAUUACAACGUCAGACCUGAGGUGUUAAAAGUUUUCCUUCACUUAAGAAUUAAGGAAGUAGAAUUAAAGAAAGAUUCUGAAGACAUUGCACCAAAGAAAAAGUUUAUGACUUACAAAGAGAAAAGAAAAAAUCUUUCAAGAAUGCAGAGAAAGUGGAAAAAAGCAGAAGAGAAGUUGGAAAGAGAACUCCUGGAAGCAGAAGCUUCAGAAAGUAAAGAAAAGAAACUGAAGUUGCACACAGAAACCUUGAACGUUGUAUUUCUAACAUACUUUAGAAUCUUGAAGAAAGCUCAGAAGUCUCCACUUUUGCCAGCUGUGCUAGAAGGUCUUGCAAAGUUUGCCCACCUCAUAAAUGUGGAGUUUUUUGAUGACCUGUUGAUUGUUCUUCAUUCUCUCAUUGCAUCUGGGGACUUAAGCUAUCGGGAGAGUCUUCAUUGCAUUCUCAGUGCUUUUCAUAUACUCUCUGGUCAAGGUGAUGUUCUUAAUAUUGAUCCGAUGAAAUUCUACACACAUCUUUACAAGACGCUGUUCAGCCUACAUGCAGGUGCUACCAACGAUGACAUAAAGAUUGUGCUCCAGUGCCUGGAUGUCAUGCUUGCAAAGCGGAGAAAGCAAGUUUCCCAGCAGCGAGCUCUCGCUUUCCUGAAGCGACUUGCCACGCUUGCUCUUCAUGUACUUCCAAACUCCAGUGUUGGGAUCUUGGCAACAAACAGGGUAUUAAUGCAAACAUUCCCAAAGAUGGACCUCUUACUAGACAACGAAUCUCAAGGCAGUGGAGCUUAUCUCCCAGAACUAGAUGAACCAGAGCAUUGCAAUGCCCAGAACACAGCUCUGUGGGAGCUGCAUUUACUACAGAGGCACUAUCAUCCAACAGUGAAGAAAUUUGCAGCUCACCUUGCUGUUGGAGCUCCAGAUGAAGGCUCCAGAGCUCUUUCGCUUGAUUUGAGCCGAAGGCCUGCUACAGAACUUUUUGAGGCAUACAAUAUGAAAGGAAUGACCUUCAAUCCUCCUGUUCCAUCAGCAACACCCAGAAGAAAGGAUACAUUCUCAAAAAAGGAAUCAUUUCUAAGUGAAGAGCUUCAACAACACAUCAGCAAGACUGUUAUUCACAAAAACUUGGAUUUUGCUAAACACUUAAAGGAAUCAUCGUUGUCAUAAAUGGAUCUAUCAGUCAUGUUCAGUUGGCUUCUUAAUUAUGGAGAAAGAUCGGUUGAAAGAAAUUUCCACUCAUCUUUAAAUGAUUUCAAGUAGGCUUUUGUUUGCGUAUACAAGAAAACAAAAAAUAGUGGCAGUUUUUACAGUUAUGAGGCCUUUCCAGGUAACCAUCUAGCCUAUGUUCUCAGGGCUUGGCAACCACAAUGAAUGGUCACAUCAAUAAUUUAAAAAGAUACAAACCCAAAUCAUUUUAAAAUUGUCUGAAACCAUGCAUUAUAGUACUUUUGUUUAUAUACUUCCUAAUUUUUUGUAAUCGAGUGUACAUCUGUGUAUUUCUGAGAAAACAUGGGGUUAUGUGGAUAAAUAAAUAUUUUGGAAAUUU